UUUCAGCUUGGUGUAUUACUUCGGGUAAGGGACACUGAGCACAAUGCUCACCUCUCUCUUCUCUGCUGUUAUCUGCUUUGCUAGAUGACCUGCCUCUGCUUCUGGCGCUUCCUCUGGUUGAACAGUCUGUGAGCGGAAACAAAAGUCUAAAAACUGCACUAUCUCCGAUACUUGAGCUUACUUGUAGUGACUAUUUUUGUUUCAUCCUACGAGUUCUGCUGUCUAAUAUGAGUAUAAACUCACCUCUACCCGUGUCUCCCUUCCAUCUCUUUCUGGUGAUUGUGUGAGCAGGUCACACAGGUGCUGCUGCUCAGUUUCUUGUAGGGCUGAGCAGAAGCUACUGAAGGCUCUAGGUCCUCGUUUUGGUAAGAGUUGUAGCAAACGCCAGUUUCGUUUCAGAGAUGUUGGCUCAGCCUAAAAGGGGGACAAAAUUAAUUCUUAACCCUUGAACACCAUCGAUGGGUGAUUUUCACCCGAUUAAACAUGUUUACGUGAUUUUCAUUAUGUUGCGUUUGUCUGAGUAUCAUGGGUACUUGGGUAGCUUCAGCAUUUCCUUUGACAUCUUUGAUGGAAUAUUUGUUUCCCUAGUACAAAACCCGCUUUUCCCUACAGUCGUGUGUUCAGGUGAUUUUGCAAUAGUGAUAGAGGGUAAAGUAGGUUUGGGUGGAUUUGAUAGCUGCAUGUAGGCGAAUAAUUUCAGUAAAAGCGGCCCUAGAAUUUGCAUGCUUUCUUUAUUUAGCACAGUGGUUAUGAAUAACUAUCACAAAAUAGUGAUUUUCAAGGGAAUUCAUAUGGUGAUAAGAAAUAUUUUAGUCAGCUGGUCAUUUUAACUCACUCAAAAUAUGCCAUAUUUUGGUUCUCUGUCCUGCAGCUGUUAUUGUGCCAAGGACCCUGAGUCAUUUCACAGUAAAAAAUAAAAGAAAACUACUUUAAUUUGUCAUGCAUUGUCCUAUUUUGAUACAAGUACUUUUUCUUGGGUAUAUUAUUUUGGGUAAAAAUCACCCGGCGAGAGUGAUGGUGUUACUUAUUUUAGCGAUAGUGCUCUAGGGUUAAAGUACAUCAUUGAUAUGAUACAUCCCUUAUAUGAGAACUUUUUUGUAUGUAGCCAUCUAACUCUGUUGACUUUCCAUAAUUUGGUAUCUUUGAUCAAACCUAGCAAUGAGACAAGUGUCUUGAAUCACUACAGUCCAUAAACAGCAGUGCUCACAUACCAUGAUGCUCUCUGCCAUGCUCUCAGUCAGGAUCUCAUCUGCCUGCAAGUGAAUGAGCAGCUCAUCCACAACCAGCUGUUUACACAGUACAGCUGAGCGUCUCCGCAGAGCCCGUCUGUCCUGCUCCAGCAUGCCACACUCCAACAUUUUAGCUCCAGGAGACCAGGUUUAGGACAGGAAACGAGGACACACCAGCCUAAAUAACAACAAAACUGAGGAUUAACCACAGUAUAGUAAAUGUAAGCCGACCGUGAAGUACUACUAUGAGGUAAAACAGAUGUGCUUUUUAUCAACGAGACACAAACAAGAAGGAGGAAGUAUCGUUGAGCAUUUUACAGCUAGUUGGGAGAUUAUAUUACACAUCUGUUAGCGUGUUAUCACCACAUAACCGAAGAGUUAGACACAUGUUGACUAAAUCACAACAGAAAACACAGACAAUGCUAACUUAACAAAGCCAGUCUAUGCAGAGAAACAGCCAAAUUAUGUGCUAACGAGGCCAGCUAACCAAAAUAACCAGAUUUAGUCAAACACCGACGUUACGGUACAGAGACAGUAUCAAAGUGUAUUUACUGUUAAACGGUAAUGGCUAAUUUCCAGUGCUAUAAGCUAGCUAGCUCACUUCGACUUUUUCCCUUGAAUUUAAGCGAGCGACAUGUUAUUCCCGCCCAAACCUUCUUCAGAGGAGUCUUCUAUUUCUGCAACAGGAUACCAAAAUGCCCGGUAGUAUUCUGGAAAAUUGACAGCGCUUUCAAACUAUAUAGAAGCAAAAUAAUAACAUCCCGUACCUCACUCCACAAACCAACUUCCGCGGGGUAUCUGCUGCAUAGAGAAGAGGCGGGGCUACACAUGUCAUUGUUUUGGAUUCUGACCAAUGAAAUCACAGAAAAUACCGAGUGGCGUCUCAAGCUACCAAUCGGCUGUUUCCUUACAGAGUAGUGCCUCCUACCGCGAAAUUUCAGUAAAGUGGCAUUUCGAAUUUGUAACUGUCUUCUGUGGAUAAGAAGCUGAUUGAUAAGAAGCACUGUAAAGAUUUGGACAAAGAGUUUACUCAUGAAAAAUCAUUUAAGUAGAAAAGGAUAGAUUGUUAUUGCUCUUGAAUGACGAUAUAAUAUAGGUCACAACAUUUACUUUGAAGUUUUUAAUGGUCUUUUAGAUGAUUUAGCUGUUCAUGGAAAGUGCUGUAUCACAAACUAAGCUGUUGUAAAGUGAAAAAUAGCUCCAUCGUUUGUCACAAUAAAAGUUUAUACACUAAGUCAUCUGGUAUAAUUACCAUAUAGUAGAAAUAUUAUUAAAGGGAUAUUCCGGCGUGAAAUUAAGUUAGGGUCAAACCUACUGUAACACAGAGUUAGACAUCCUGUCAUGAGAUGAGUGUUGCCGACUGCUUGCUUCUUUAGUUAUACCAACUUUAGUAACGACCACAUGAUAUCAAUACAGAGAGGCAUGCGCUCAACCCAAACGCCACUCUAUAGCCACAAAUGAUGCUCAGAACAGCACCUAACUUCAUCAACAGUACAUUUAGGGUUUCAGCUAUAGCACUAGCCACCAAACUUCAUUUUAACUUUGCCUAAUUUCUUUAGCAAAGAGACUAAACACUAUUCACCCACCCUCUUCCAGCAGCCACUUGUUUGUACGGAGACCUCCCGGCGAGUCCAUCGACUGCAGCGGGAUGGCGCAGCUCAAGGAAGAACAUCAAUGAUCAUUACUUUAUCAUUUCCUUGAAGUAAUAAUCACCAUAUGAAUCAUUUUGCACUGCAGAUGUGGUAGUUCUUCUGCCUUAGCGUCUUGGUCUGAUUGCAUUUCCAUGAAGAAAUGAUCGUAAAUGUUCUUCCUCGCCCGGAGGUCUCUGUACAAACAAGUGGCUGCUGGAAAAGAGUGGGUGAAUUGUGUUUAGUCUCCUUGCUAAAGAAAUUAGGCAAAGCUAAUAAGAUGUUUGGUGGCUAGUGCUGUGGCUGGGACCCUAUAUGUACUGUUGAUGAAGUUAGGUGCUUUUCUGAGCAUUAUUUAUGGCUAUAGAGUGGCUUUUUUGGUUGGGCGCAUAGCUCUCUGUAUUGCUAUUCUGCGUUCGUUACUAAAGUUGGUAUAACUAGAGAAGCAAGUGGUUGGCAACAUUCAUCUCUCGAGGGGGUGUUUAACUCGGUGUUACUGUGUGUUUGACCCCAACUUAAUUUUACAUCAGAAUAUCCCUUUAACACAUGACAGUGUUUUGUACAACAGGUGUUUUUAGUUUAACUAAUAGGGUACUUGUGUCUAUCACAAGCAUGGUUCUGAUAAAAAUUGGGACAUUUGUAAGUUAGAUUUUUGUAAUGUAUUUAUGUUUUUUCCCUCAAGUAUCGAAAUUUUUUUUCAAAUGAGAAGUUUUCUAGUAGAGCUGGAAGUUAAGGCCUAGACCGACAUUUCCUCUUCAUUAGUUUGGUAAGCAAAGGAACUGUAAAACAUUUCACACUCUCACAGUUCCUGAAAUAUUAUUCAGAAUUUAAAUGUGCAUACUCCCUCUCUUUCUCUCCCUUUCUCUCUCCCUUCCCUCCCUCUCUCUCCCCCUCUCCUCCUCUCCUCAGGCCUACUUCGCCCUCCCCUGCUGUCUCUCUCCUCACCCUCACUGUGUGGGCUGUCAAUAAUUGAUGAUCCCUCUGACUCAAAGGGUAACAGGUCUAGGAGAAAAUGUCUCACCCAUUUCCUUAUUUAUUUACAAGUCUAUCUUUGAGUCCAGUGAGCCUGAGAACCACAAGUGUUUAUCAGAGCGCAGGGAUCGAUGGCAGAAGCAGUGUCCGUCUUCUUCUUUACACCUUGUUGCAGCUGCUUCAACUGCGAGCAUGAGCAGGUUAAAGCUGCCUGUGUGUCUGACAGCAGGACAGAGGGAGGAAAGGGAAGCUUAAAUGAGAGAGAGGCAGGGGGCAGAGAGGAAGAGGAGGAGGAGGAGUGACAGAAUGAUAGAGUGAAUUAAUUCAACCUCAGCCAGCCCUGAUUGACUCGGUCACAAGCUGGCAUGUACACACACUCAAAGUGACACCACAGCUAUGGAGGGAGAAAAGAGGAAUGACACGUCCCUCUCCAGGAAGAGAAGUUUCACUUUUGGGGCAUAUGGAGGGUGAGUAAAGACCGGUUGUUUCAAAUUUGAGCUCAGAGUUUUGUGGCUGAUUCUAUAGGAUAAAUCUUCUUGUUGCAAGUUUUCUUUUCUCAUAGUUCUCACUUCCUUGUUUACAGUGUAGACAAAUUCACAUGUGGGGAAGAGGCCAGGUGAAGUUUACUUUUCUUUUUUUUUUCACAUCAGGUGACAUUCCAGCUUUUGCCCUACAAAAAGUAUUGGACUAAAAAUACAAUUUGUUCUCUCUCCAAUGUUUUCUACCUGUUGCAGCAGGCCUGAAUCUGUACAGGACAACAUUUUGGACAUCCUGGACUCUCCUGUGACUGAAAGCAAGCCUUUCCUCUCUACCAGCAGCAACCAGAGGGUGGUCUAAUCAUCAUAUUCAGCGAGCAUGCACCUAACCCCCCUAAAUUUAAUUUAAUUUUAAUAUACGUCAAGUUUUCCAAUAUCCUGCCUCUCUAAAAAGUCAAGAUGAAACUGAAGUGUGAGUCAUGUUCCUCUUCUUCUUCUUCUCCUUUUCCUCCUCUUCCCUUUCACUGUCUCUGGUUUCGUCUGCCCCCCCCCUGUGCCCUGCCUGUUUUUCAUAUCAGGACACUGAGCUGUUUGAAAUCAUAGAAAAGCUGCAGGUGAGUUGCACGGCUAUUGAUCGUGAAUAGUGUGUGUGUUUGUUUGUGUUUGUAUGUGUGUUAGGAUAGUUUCUCAUCAUCAAUACUCCUUGUCCAUCAGGGCAGCAGGAUCGAUGAGCAGCGGUGUGAGUUCCCUCUUCCUCUGAAGGUUAGUCUUUGGUCUGAGGGGAUAAAACACACACACAUAGUGGACUGGAUAUGCUGGUUUGACUCUAUGACUGAGUGCUGACCCUUUCAGGAGCGUCAUGACAUUUGUUUUACCAAAAACAAAAAAUACACGAACACAUCAUCAUCAUCAUGUGGUGUUCUGCUGUGUCUAUUUUAGUCUCAGAUUUUAACAAUAGGUGGAGACCUGCCGCUCAUCCUGCCUUCAGAGUCAGGGGGAUACUGGAUAGACCCCCCACUUGAGAGGCUUGUAGACAUGAGUCCCAGCUCGUCCUACUCAGGGUCAGAUCCAGAGAGCUAUGACAUUAUGGAGAGAGAUGGAGAGGCCAAAAUCUAUCAUGAGUUCUUCCGCUCACGGGUAAGCAGAGUUGGUCCAGAAUGUUAAAGAAUAAUUUCCUGUUUUCUGGAUUGAGGUUUAUGUUUUAUCAUCUUUCCCUUGUCUUUAGUACCAUCACUCAUUCACAGCAGUGGAUCCAGCACUGGGGCCUUUGGUUCUGUCUGUGUGUUUAGAGGAGGAAGAGAACAAGAUACGGGUCAUACUCAGGUAAAGAUCUUCAGUCACUUUAAACACCUGCAACAACUGUAGACUGAAAACUCAUUCCUUUAUCAUUCAGCCCAAACUCCUAUCCCUGCUCAUAUGUCUGAGGAUACAGGUUAUACUUGAUUUGAAUGUUUCUGUAUGAUUUACUUGUUAAUUUUAGGAAUACUGCACUACAAAAACAGAUAAUACUGGUGCUGUGUUUGUUGUCCUGCAGGAUGAGGGAGUGUUCUCUACAUGGAGUUUUCUCUGUCUCUCUUUUCCCCAACAUCCCGUCUGCUGUCGAAUUAGCAAAGGUAUCAAAUGUAUUAUUACACACUUUAUGAGAAUUUUGGCAUUCAGUGAACAAUCAAGUAACAAAAAUCAGAAUCCAAUGGAAAAUUUAAACAACAUGUUUGUUUCCAGGAAAUCUGGUUUUGAUGCAACACACUUCAGUAACUCUAAAUCCAGAUUUUUGAAUAUUUUAAAGCCGCUGUGGUGAACUUCUGGUUUGAGUCAUUCUGGCAGCCCCCAAGGACAUAACAGUCUUUGCUUAUCCUGUCAUCUGCAUGAUUAAAUAGUGUCUCACCCUGUUGACUUUUGACAAAGUAUCAUUCAUUUUUGACUAGUAUGUGUGGAAAUUGUAAAAUCAGGCCUGGUUCUUCAGUUGUUUGGCAGGCACCUAACACUUCGUAUGGGUUUCAGGUGUUUAAAAUAAUGGUGUACAAAUGAGCAGUCCUGUCCCUGACAGUCUUGUUUAAAUUUCCUCAUGUGAGCUUUAAACAAAUCAUUUCAGGGUUAAAACAUCAUUCAUCCAUUUGUGUAUUUUCUUCUGUAGUGGUUCCUUGUAGUUAAACCACUCAAAGCACUUUUAUUCAACAUGCCACAUUCACCUGUUUACAUUAAAUUCAUACAUGAUGGCAGAGGCUGCUCAGUGUUAGUUGUACUAAUCUCAUUCAAACAUGCUGACUGUGUUACUGGGAGAAAUUUGUCAGUGUCUCUUUGGGACCCGGGGGGAGAACUGUGGCUCAAUAAAGUAGAGGUUAUAAGCACUACUUAAUACAUACAGAAAUACUGCACUUUUGAGUAUGGUGAAAUACUAAUAUUAAGAAGCCUAUGUCAUAGAUACUGAAGAAAACUACAUCUUACUUGUACUGAAAAAUCCUUUUUCUAAAGUACUUAAAAAAUGUAAUUUUGAACCUCUGGUUUAGUGAAACAUGUUUCUGAAAUCCCUUUUUUCUCUCUAGAUGCUCUGUGACAGAGUGACUGUUGCAAAGUUUGAUGUGGUCGGCUACCUUAAGGUAAUCUUCUUACAUUACCACAAAUUAAAACUUUGUGAUGAACUUUUGGUUGGUGUCACUUUUGGCACCCACAUGAAAAAAGUUUUUCACAUUUCUGUCAUCUGUUAUCAGUUUUGAUUUAAGUCCUUUUCAAAGCCAGCUUAAAAGGGUCUUUACAAGAGCUUUAAACAUUACACGACCUGAUUCAAAAAAUCCAUUAAAGUCAGUCUUUCCCUCCUUCUCUCGCUCGUCCCUCAGGCUCCAGAUCUAAUAACUGCGUUUGAUGAACACAGAGUGUCUCCAAAUUUUAAGUUUGGCAUUUUGUACCAAAAGGAAGGACAGGUAAGAAAUUGAAAAGAUAAUGUUCUGCAUUCAUCAAGUGUCUGAAAUCUCACAGCCUCCCCUCUCAGACAACAUCCAUCUGUCUGUAGCUCACUGAGGAAGACAUACUGAGUAACAACACGGAGAGUGAAGAGUUUAAAGAGUUCCUCUCUGUUCUUGGAGAGACUGUUGAACUACAAGGAUUUACCAGGUAAAUUGCAAAAUGAUGAUUUAAUCUAGCAGCAUAAUGACACAGGCAAUGUGUAAUAUCUCUUUACUCCCUUUUCUCAGAUUUAGAGGAGGACUGGACGUGUGUCACGGUCAAACAGGAAGUGAAGCCGUCUACACUUCCUUUCACGGGAGAGAAAUCAUGUUCCAUGUCGCAACUAAGCUGCCAUUCACAGAGGGUGACCCCCAGCAGGUCAGCCGGUGUGAAGUCUAUUUUCAGAUCCAAUUCUGAGACUAGUUUCUUCAGCAGAUAAUGGUGCCCUCUUUUCUUCUUUUCUUGGUCAUCCUCCACAGUUACAAAGAAAAAGACACAUCGGUAAUGACAUCGUAGCGCUGGUCUAUCAGGAGGGCCAGACUCCCUUUCUGUCUGAUGUUAUCAAGUCUCACUUCCUACAUUGUUUCCUGGUGGUCCGGAGGAUUCAGAGACCAGAAGAGGAAGACAAAACUGUUUACCAGGUGACUCUUCAACCCAAAUAGAUCAAAGUGGCGCUCAACUCUCAUGAUAUCUGUUUAUCUAUCGUAGCCAACUACCCUGUUAUAUCACCAAGCUUUUCUUGGAGCAUUGUCUGAAACAUAAAACAAUGUCUGGAGGCUGACUUGGAAAUAUGUCAUUGCUCUAAUAUUAAUAGCCCCAGCAUUUUUCUACAUUUUUGUCACCUUUUAUUUGUUAAUUGCAAUGUUGAUGAGACUUUUUGGUCAGUAAAGUCAUCAGGUCAUUUGUGGCGGGAAGGUUUAUCAUUUAGGUCCCUCUUUUGUUCCUCACAGGUGUCUGUCACAGCCAGAGAAGAUGUCCCUCCCUUUGGCCCUGUCCUCCCUGAUCCUCCAGUCUUCACAGAGGUAGAAAUAAACACCAAAGUAAAAUAAAAGAGUUCACUUUGUUUAUUCUUAAAGAAGUGGGUUUUACAGCAACAGUCAAAACAACAUUAUAGGCAAAAUUCCUUUGUUUUAAUCCACCCUGAAGAACCUUUUUAAUGGGAGAUAUUUGCCUUUUUAGAGAAGAAAAUGCACAGGUGUAAGUGAUAAAAACAGCCGCUCAAUUCCAUUUAGUGUCUUAAUACCCAUGACAGGGAUUUAGCAUGUUUUCUUUCAGGACCUUGAAAUUGGCUCAUCUUAAUGGCAUACAGCUGCCAACAAUGUUUGUCAUUUUUGAGCUAAAACCUCUCCAGCUUUGACAAGUAAAAAUGUGCUGUGAAAAAUGUGUUCAACCAAUCUGCCACUCAACAGCAAAUUUCCUGCUAAUUUCCAUUAGCACUUGUAUUGACAUGUCAGGGUAAAGUGGCUCAGGUGGAAUUAAUUCAAUAAAUCCUGAGACGAGUUCCAUUUGGCUUAUUUUUGCGCUGGCACAGCUUAAUAACACACUUUGAUGAAACAUGGUGUUAUUGGUUACCCCUGUGCAGCCAAGACACUCAAAUUUAAACAGCAGCACAUACAUGCACUGAACAGCCGUAGCCCUUUAAUGCCUGACACCACAAAUUAUGGCCAGAAAAUUCAAUUUUUUUUGGCGAUGGAAUGUUUUUUUCAUUUACUACUGAAAACCAAAAAAAUCAAAAUGUCCUUAAAAUUUAACAAAUAUAUUUAUUUAUCUCGUUUGAUACAUUAAAUGUUUUUGGAAACUGAUAAACUACAAGAGGACAUUUGUAUCAUUUAUCAGACCGUAUCCAGGUGUUUUUUUAGUGAUUUGUUGAUUAUAUUGAUUUGAUAGAAGUAUAUAAAAGUAUGUGUCAAAUAUGAUACAAAAUGCAUUUAAGGGUUUUAAUAACAUGACCACCUGUCUAAUACUGUGUAGGCCCCUGAUCUGAUGAGACAGGGACUGCACUAGACCUCUGAAGAAGUUCUUGAAGUCCUGGAAACCACAAGCUCAGGCCUCCAUGGAUCAGACUUAGCAGUCCAUGGACUGAGAUCUGGGUUGUAGCUGGGUUUCUUUCUUACAUUGAGAAGUGGUCAAUUUGAUGCCAUUUAUGCACACUGUAGGCACUUUUCUCUGUGAACCAGGGUCAGCAUAAGCACCCCUGCAGCUUUACACACAAACACCUGCGAUGAACUCAAAAAGCCCUGGUAGCUCCUCUAUUAGACUAGGCCACAAGAAUCAGCCUUUGCUAGCCAAACAUGCAUAAAAUCUUGGCCUCUUGUGCAUGACCCUGUCACAGAUUAACAUGUUCUUGCCUCUUGUCUUAAAGCGAUCCCUGCUGAGGGAAUUCCUUCUGACCAAACUCAUCAAUGCAGAGAUCUCCUGCUACAAAGCUCAGCGCUUCAGCAGACUAGAGGUAAAGGAGAAAAAAAAGAGACAUGUCCCUUAUGUUCUUGCACUCUAAAUAUUCUCAUUGGUGUCUUACUUCAUUCUGUCAUGUUUACCUUUUUCUUCUUUUGUAUAAAGCUUCGCACCCGAUCAUCUCUGCUAGAGAGCUUGCAGACUGAACUCUCAACUCGCUCCCAGUGCAUGAUGGGAGAUCCAUCGCUGUCUGGUCUACAGUCUUCAGAGGGAGUACGAGGGGUGUCAGAGGGAAGCGGAGGAUUCAUUGAGAACUUUAAGGUAGAUGCUGUUCUCACUCUUCAAGUCACAGUCUUAGCUUCAUAGUUUUGAUUCACUCUUUUUCUCCCACUCUUCCAUCAGAGAGCCAUCAGAGUGCGGAGCCACUCUUUUGAGACUCUUGGGGUCCCCAGGAAAGUUGCUGUCGGUGCAUCACAGAGACCAAAGGUAAAUAUUCACCAUCUGAAAAUACUUUUGACAAAACCUAAACUUAUCAAAAGGUAGCAGCUGAUUAUUGUUUUUCAUUUCCUUCACAGGCAGAGAAAGACGGAGAAAGGUAAGAAUAACAAAAAGCUCAUAUCUUUUCAUAUUUCAGUCGACCAUAACUGUUUUUUCCUCCUUUUUUAGUGAUAAACCUCCUGGAGCUCUGCCCCAUCUCUCUGACAGUUCAGGAGCAGCUGAACUCAAAGAUCAAGCUAGUCCUCAAGAAGAAACAUAAAAGAAAAGUGUUGGUAGCUUUUAGACAUGAAUGUACAUACAUAUAAACAUCACUAGCCUAUAAGGUAUCUGUUAUUAUCCUUGUGGAUGGCUUGUGUGUAAAUUUAGAGUAAAAGUAAAGAGUAUUUCUGAGAAUAAACAGAUAAAUUAAAAUCUUUUCAUUGUAUUUCAGUGAAAUGUGACACAUAUCAAACUGCCAAAUAAAGGCUCAAAUAUA